AUGUCCGAGCUACUUGCCUACUUGCCUCCAUUCGAGGGUCUUUUGCCCAAAUGGCUCGUCUUCGUUGGCGCUGUCUCCGUCAUCAAUAGUUUGCAGGCUUACACCUCCGCCGACUACACCUCCAAGCUUUACACCAAUGGCUCCGUCACCUGUGAACCCCUUUCUGGCCGUGUCUUUGGUACCUGGACCUUCCUCUCCGCUGUGAUCCGCAUGACCGCCGCCUACAACAUCACCAACCCCGUCGCGUACGAUCUUGCGCUCUGGACUUAUGCCAUUGCUUUGACCCACUUUGCUGGAGAGCUGAUCGUCGGCAACGCAUCUUUGAAGGGCCGCUUCAUUAGCCCGUUGAUCGUGGCUUCGUCCUCCCUGGCUUGGAUGCUGACCCAGCGCGGGGCUUACCUGGGUUAG